AUGGGGAUGAAGACAUCGGACACAUCCUCGGAUACACCACUGAUGGAAUACCCGCAUCCACCCCUCGCUCAUCGCCAGAACCAAUUCCCGUUCGACCUCGCCCUCCUCGUUCGCACGUACCCAGUGGACGAUCUCCGUUAUCCCAACCAUCUUUCUCGACUGCAUCCACUUCUUCGCGUCGCAGUCAUCCCUACAGGAAUGGACGUAUCCCCGAACAAGGAUCACGAACCAGCCGGCGGACAUGCUACAGAUGUGGAGGAGAUCAUUAUGUCCGCGACUGCCCCCGACGACGAUGAAGAUCACAAUAUUUCUUGUGGGACAAGAAACGUUAGACGGGAGCUGAUGUUACAACGCUCCCCACUUGUGGCGCGUCUUUUCUUUUUCUUUUCCUUGUUCCCUUUACGUUACCAGACCACGUGA